ACUUGAGAAUCAAGAUAUAAGAGCAAUUCCUAAGUUCUAAUUCUCCCACCUGUUAUAGUGGAACUUGUUCCUAUCCACCCCUUCUCUUUUUUUCUUUCAUCUCUUUCCACCAAAAGAAGUCUUCCUUGGAAUGUCUCGUCUGAGGCUAGGAAAGAAGCUUCAACCUGCCAAGAAGGCUUGGAAGAGCUUUUCCAACAAAAUGCAAUCAAAACUCCACAAACUCAGCAUUCCAAGAGCCAUCAAAGCCACCUUCAAACGCCUACUUGCCACCUUGCAUUCCCUUCAUCACCUCGUACCCUCUAGAGGUCGUCGUUCUCUCACAGGAAGAAGAUCAUCGUAUGCUGCUUCUGAUUAUCGUGUUCAUGGCAAGAACAUAUCUGCAAUACGCAUAGAUGACCUCUUUCCUGAGCCUGCUUCUUCCAUGGUCGCGCAUGCCAACAGGACUCAUUCAUCACAAGGGGAAACAAGCAGAGGCAGAGUGGUGAUUGAGAAGAAGAAGGAUCUGGAAGGAGGGAACAGUGGCGUGAAUACUUUAGAGGAUGCAUGGAAGGCUGUGGUUGCUAAGUCACCUCAGCUGCAGGUGGAUCAGAAGGCAGAGGAGUUCAUCUCCAAGUUUCGUGAAGAUAUGAGGCUUCAGAAAGAAAGGUCUUUACUGGAAUUCCAGGAAAUGCUAGCACGAGGUGCCUGAAAUUUAUGUCCACUAUUGCCUUGUUUGUUGCAUAGUACAAAAUUCAUAGAUUUGUUGAGCAUGAUUGUUUGGAAUUGCUUUUCUUUUUCUUCAUUUGGGUUCUUCUUAAGGUAGUCGGUGGAAAUGGGUUUUGCCAAAACAACUGACUGUAUAUUUCUGUUCUUUAGGCUUGCAUAAGAGAUUAUUUUUCCCCUUUA